AUGCCAGCAGUCAACAAAUCCAAGUCCACCAGCAACAGGAAACCUGCUCCACCCCCCGACCUCCUCGACCCAGAAGACAUACUCCAAGAAGAAGAACCGAAGGUGGGAAAGAAGAAGGCAAAGCAUGCUGCUGCAAAACAGCCAUCCUGCCUCGACAAUGCCGAAGAACCCCUAUCUUCAGAGCAGAUGGGUCAACAGUCACGCCAGCCCGCAAACCCGCAGUCAAUACUCGGACAGCUGAAGUCCAACUUCCCUCAGAACGGCCAGAGAAAUGAUAGUUCUGAUGCCUUGAGUGAGGUGGACUCUACACUCAAAGUCUCCGACGAACAUACGCCUCCUACCAAUGUCUGGGCACGAGGCACUGCUUACGGCAGGUCUCCGCCCGUUGAACCGAUCCCUGGCUUCAGCUCGGGAACACCUCCUUACGAGCCUGGCUUCAGCACCCGCGGCGGCUUCGCUAGAAGUCCCCCGCUUUCUCCGCCGGUAAGGAAAGCAAGACCUGUGAGUUAUGGGAGCGCCGUUCCCCCUCUACCUCCUCACCACAGGAUUUCGACUUCACCCUACGGUUACGCGGUGAAUGCCUAUGGCUCGCCACCUGUACCGCCGCAUCUGCCCCAACAACAUUUCUACGGCCCUCAUGAUGUCGACCUAGGCCUUGCAAAUGCCACAUCACAAAUGAAUAUUCAAGAUCCUGUUGCACUCAAAUUCUCCCGUCAUCCAGCACCUGGCAACGAAGCUCGUGAAGCCGUCUUCAUGAUAGGGGACGAAGAGUUGAAUAUUCUGACCUACAAUGGUGAGAAGUUGGAACAUUCUGGAUUCCUGGGAGGUGUCCGGGGUGAAAUCCUCGACGCCUGCGUACUUACCUGGAACGUUGGCAGUGAUCCUUUUGCGGAAUAUCGGCCUCUAGUGGCACUGACCGUACAUGGGCCAACCAACGUGGAGGGUGAGAAUAGGGAUGGACCCUCGUCAGAUGCGACAGGCGUGUACCUUGAGACCAAGGUUAUGGUAUAUUCCAUUGCCAAGGGAUGUCAUGUGGCUGAUUUGCUGUCUGUACCAUCCCCCAUGAGGAUGUUUCACGGAGGCGUGUUACCGCCUGGAUCUGCAGCAAAUCUGAAGACAUAUGCAAGUGGGAAUGCCAUCGUCGUGUCUUCUGGCGACAGUGGCGAAGUAUUCGUCUUCUCUGCGCGAAAGGACCAUGACUCUACUGUUUUUGAGUGUCUAGGCAAGUUCUGGACAACCAUACAACCACACUUUCAGAGGAGAGACUCGUCGCAGCCGACCUCGGACGCUGAAAUAUCGCCUGCAGACCUUGGUCGCGGAAUCGACGCGGAAAAUUCAGCGAUUAUUAGUCUGAAUGGUCGAUGGCUAGCAUUCUGUCCCGCGGGCACUCCUUCUCGCCGAUCGAUUGGUGCGAUUCUCGGCGAUUCUGUCAUCCAUAACAAAAACUCCAAUAUCACUGCUGGAACACCUCCAUCGCGACCUCCAGUAACGUGUGAGGUAGAAUCCCCUGAUGUUGAUACCUUCUUCGGCAAGGUUGCCAAAGGCAUAGCGCAGGAAGCUGUUAGAAGUGCCAAAUGGAUUGGCGAGAAAGGUGUGCAGACGUGGCAGAACUACUGGAAGAAGGACUCAAGCACCGACAACGUUCCCACAACUUCCUCCCCAAGUCCACCGAUGUACUCGCCACAAUUCGGCAUGGCACAAUUCCCGCCCACGCAUGCAGUGGAAUCCUCGAAUAUUCCAAAAGACCCUGAGGUAGUCUCGAUUCUAGAUUUGAAGUCUCUGCAAGACGCCCAGGGCAGGCGAGGCGUCGAAGUCGGCCCCCUUGCCACAUUUCAACCGCCAGGAGGCUGCAGCUUUCUCUCCUUUACCCCCAGUGGACUUGGUCUUCUCACUGCAAAUCGCAAGGGUGACGUGCAGUAUAUAUGGGAUUUGCAACAAAUGAAGCAUGUAAAAGUUUCGCAGACGACCUCGACACCUAACAGUGGCUGUGUACGGCAGAUUGCCCGCUAUGAGCGGCUGAGUCCUUCCACCAUCAUCGAUCUUGCUUGGGACGGGCCGACAGGUUAUAGGUUCGCGUUACUCACGAAGAAUCGAACAGUACAUAUUUUUGAUCUACCCAAGACUGCUUUCCAAUGGCCUCCGCCACAUACCAAGAGAGAACGCCCAUCUUCAGCCCCUGUCGAACCUCCACAAGCAAAGACAGAACAGGAACCUGUCCCAGCGGGAGGUUUCUUCGCCUCGGCUAUGAGUAUUGCUGGCAGAACACAGCCAAUGCUAGCGAAUCUACGAGGUCGAGCUCCCAGCAUAAAUAGCGGUGGGAUCACUGGGUUUGGGGCUUCGGGGAUUGGACUAGCUUCUACCACUGGCUUGAAAUCAGGCAGAGCUGUAGCUGCAGGUCUUAGCAAGUCUCUUGGAGCUGCCAGCGAAACCGUCACGAAUAUUCGUCACGCAAAUCAGAGCAGACUCUAUUUGAAGAUCCCAGCUCGGCCAGGUAUGCUUUGUUGGCAAAGACGGGAAGGAAGAACCGUGUUGUCAAUUUUGGAUUUACACACCAUCAAGGACUAUUACGUCCGGAUGACAAAGCCGAGAGAAGACCGGCAGCGGCAAACAGUUUCCGUCUUUGAUGCCCGAAAACCUGUGGUAACCAAAUUACCGAAAGGACUCGACAUGAUCAGAGAUCCUUUGUAUAGAGGACAUGUCGCGCGCAACGAGGAUAGUGGAACUCCUCCCGCAACUGGAUUCUGGAGGUUUAGAGCAAGCAAAGCCGACGGAGUGAAAAUGUCACACCCCCUAGCGUCCGCUGAAAUUGAGACAAAUGCGCCAUAUCAGCCAUUCCACUGCGACCAUCGGGUCAUCAUCUCGUUGCUUGAAGAUCGGUUGUCUGAUGGGCUCCUUUCUACCAUGUCUGGACAGCACAAAGCCUUUUCGUCACGGACUAUGCCUGGAAUCACUGACAAGUGGGUUUUUGGUGGCGACAUACACUCUCAACAGGUACCUUCUACUUCGCUCCAGCCGCCGAUGGACGAGGACGAUGCUGUCAUAUAUCGAGAAACCAAGAUCACUUCAGAUUUUCCCAUUUCCGGUAGUACGCCAGUUGCAGCCUUGACCGAAGGACUUAAUCACGCUGUCAGCAACACUAAGAAGCGCAAGAACAAGAAGAACAAGUCCUCCACUUUGCCGAAUGAUGAGGAAGCUUUUAUCGAAGCUGAUGCGGAUUUUGCGAGACGUAACGUUGAUAUCGAGCAAGAUAUGAACUCGCGGAAAGGUCAAGUGUUUGAUUUAUUGGAUGAUGAAGACAUGACACGGUGA